CCCUGAUCAACGCACAGAUCAAUGCACAUUUCUCAUGCCGGCCAACCAUGAUGAACCAUGUGGAUGAUGCCGACAUCGGGACACCAGAAACCGAAGGCGACUGGAGGUCUGCCCUCAAUGCGCUCACCCGGCGCGCGCGGAGCGUCUUGCUCCCCGGCGACUCGGAGAGCCUGACGGUGCCACUGGCGUCGAGACCCUCGGACAGUGCACAAACGGAUGUGGAGAUGCAUGACCGAUUGGGAGCUUGGGCGAGGCACGCGCAGCAAAACCUUUCGCAGGGCUUGCAACAUGCGAGAACUAUCGAUUGGACGCAGCAGGUACAAGGGGUUCGUGAGUCUGUGAGUACCAGCUUCCAAAAGGUGAGUGACACAGCCAGUGCGGCGGGUAGCUCCCUGUCGGAGCAGGUCUCACAGGUGAUGGUUUCUGGUCGUCGCCUCCAGGGCGUGGAGAGGGCCAAGUCUGUGGAUUGGUCUGCCAGGGCAGAGGCAGUGAAGUCCACUGCGUCACGAAGCUUUCAAAGUGUGGCCUCCACCGCCUCCUCAUCAGCACAGUCUUUGCAGGAGCGGCUGGGGGACAACCAGAUGCUUCAGAAUGCCCGAGAAGGCGCAGUUUCCGCGCUCUCAGUGGCCAGUGAUCGCGUGUCCGGAGCCGCUUCCCUGGCGAUGGAUCCAUGUCGACUUUGGCGCUUCAUUGCCCUUUUCACGGGUGGUUUGGUCUUGGUGUUGUUCUCUUUGAACUUCCUACCGACCUUGCUGAUUGCUCCGGCCACCUUCUCAUUGCUUUUCACCUGCGGAUCGAUGGUGAUGCUCAGUGCGUUCAUCUAUUUGAGUGGAGUUCGAGCCUUUCUGGAACAGAUUUCGCAGCGAAGAAAGCUGCCCUUCACCUUGGCCUAUCUACUCGGGCUUGUUGGAACGCUCUGGGCGACGUUUAUCCGAAGGAGCUACAUCUUCACCGCCAUUUUUGCGGUGAUACAGCUUGUAUCCCUUUUGUACUACAUGUGCUCUCACUUCCCUGGUGGUACAUCCACGCUCAACAUGCUGGGCCGCAUGGGGGGCCGAUCAGCACGCUCGAUCAUCUUGGGCUGAUGCCGCAGCCGCAAAAACCCGAGUACGGCGUUGAA